GCCAUGGCUGAAGAUCUACUACAAAGCAACUCCACCUACACCACGUUCAUUUUUAUAGGAUUUCCAGAACUACACGAAUACAGACGUUUACUCUUCUUGCCAUUUUUCAUAAUAUAUGUGCUGGCCCUGGCUGCCAAUUCACUGAUGGUCUAUGUGAUUAGAAAGUGCGAGAACCUGCACAGCCCCAUGUACAUACUGAUAUGCAGCUUGGCUGUUGUCAAUAUAAUCGUCCCCACUGUUAUUGUACCUAACAUGCUUUUCAGCUUCCUGUUUGACUGGAAUGAAAUUUCCUUAGAGGGCUGUUUAACUCAAAUGUUCUUCACACACUUCUUCUCAUCCCUGGAAUCCACCAUCCUCCUGGCUAUGGCUUUGGAUCGACUGGUGGCCAUUUGUAAUCCACUGCACUACUGUGAAAUCAUUAACACUUCCAUGCUGGUGAAACUGGUUAUCUUGACGCUGAUACGGAGCGGCUCGAUAAUGUCCGCUCUUGUCGCCCUCGCACGUCCUCUGAAGUUCUGCAGCUCAAACGUCAUCAGCCACUGCUACUGUGACCACAUGGCCCUUGUCAGCUUGGCGUGCGGCGACAAGAGCAGCAACAAUGCUAUAGGACUCGUGGUAAUCAUCUGCUUUGUGGGCAUCGACAUCUCCAUCAUCGCCUUCUCUUACGUCAGGAUCCUGAGUGUCGUCCUGCGGGCAGCGGUGGGGGAAGAUCGCUGGAAGGCAUUCCACACCUGCGGCACACACCUGAUGGUCAUGAUGAGCUUCUACCUGGUGGGGAGCAUCACGUUUCUGUCGCAUAAUCUCGGCAUCCCCAUCACAACAGACAUGAACACAUUCUUGGGAGUCCUAUACAUCAUCUUCCCCGCCACCAUAAACCCAGUUAUCUAUGGUGUCCGUACCAAGGAAAUAAGGAAUGCAGCUUUGAAAAUGUUUAAUAUGAGGACAAAUAAAACCUUCACUGUAAAUGUGACGACGUUGAAAGUUUAA